CAAAAAUGUUCUUUUAGUUAAUCAAUAAGAUGGCUGAACAGCGUGCUUCCGAAGACACCGUUUUAACUGAAGAUCCGAACGAGGUGACUACUUGCCCUCUUCGUCCAGUUGCAGCGGUGAAUGACGCAGAGCCUUUCCUGAGAGAAGCUGAUGCAGCUAUGAAUUUUGGCGGCAUUCGAUCGUCCACUGUCAUGGACGUGGGCUGUGGUACGGGCAAUUCCAGCUACGCCCUCGCCGCUCUUUUCCCGAAUAUAAAUCAUGUAAUCGGCGUGGAUAUCGAAGAAUGGUGUCUCACCAUAGCUAGACAGAACUGUCCGCCAAAAAGUGGCAAUUGUGAUAUAUUUCAGUUCAUCAAAGGAAAUAUUGAAACCGGGGAAGGUCUGUUUCAAUUUCGAGGAAUAAGGCACAUCGUCUCCAUCCACUGCUUCAGUUGUCUGAAGCGGCAGAAGAAAGCUUUCGAGACGGUGCACACUCUGUUGUGUCCUGGAGGUGGUGCAGCUUUUCUCUUUGCAGUGCAAAUGGACUACUAUGAUUUACUUGGUGAUUUACUUGAUCACCCCAAAUGGGGACAAUACAUGAAGGAUAAGGAAGAUAUUAUACCUGAAUCUCAUGAAAAACAAUAUGACGAGAAUUAUUACAGAAAACUAUUGACUGAAAUAGGUUUUGAGAUUCAUACCUGUAGAACGGAGGAAACUUUCAGCUCGUAUCCGAAUGCAGGUAAUCUCCAAAAGUGGGUGCUUGCAUCUUUACCCUUCAGACAAUCACUGCCCCCAAGCCUGCUAUCAGAGUUCCGAGAAGAGCUACCAAUGUUGCUCAAGAGGCAUGCAGUUGUAAAUGACAAGAUGGCCUGUAGAAUGUAUUACAAAAUUAUGAAAAUAAUUGUGUUUAAAAGAGAGGAACUGGAUGUUAAAAGCCAAGGAUCGCCACUCGAUUCACAACAAACAAGUGACAACAAAUAGCCUUGAAAGAGAUCAGUAGCUUAUCGCAAUUUGAAUUUUAAUUAAUCUGCAACUUUGAAAUGAAUUUUGAAAUAGUACUGCCAAGGACUCGAAACAUCAUUUUAGUUAACGGAGUAAGAGUGUGAUAACAUAACAAUCUUUCUCAUUGCUCAAAUUCUUCCCAUUUUAUUAUGAAUGUGGAUUUCAGUAUCUUUAAAGACAAACUCGCGUUUUAGAAAAUAUAGGACAACUAUUUUUAUAUUGUGCUUGCUGAUGUCUAUAGUUUUUUCUAAGUGACUUAGUGAACGCUUCAUUUUUAGCUAUUUACUAAA